GUUUUCAGUGACGACUGUGAUAUUAAAAUUUGAUUUCUCAUUAUUUUACCUAUAGAAAAUACGACAAUGUGUAUGUUUUACUUUUUGUUCAUAACUUAUAUACUGCGAUUAAUUUCUGGUGGAAUUGUUGCACCACCAAUUAAAGGAGAGUUAGAUUGGUGGCAAAAUGCUGUAAUUUAUGAAAUAUUCCCGCUGUCAUUUAAGGAUUCAAAUGGUGAUGGAUUUGGGGAUUUUAAUGGCAUAACUGAAAAAUUGGAUUAUCUCGUAGACAUAGGAGUAAAUGCAAUUUGGUUAACACCAUUUUUAGAGUCCCCAUUAGAAUCAGGUGGUUAUGACGUAAGUGACUAUCUAAAAGUACAAGAUGUUUUUGGUUCAAUGGAGGAUUUUGAAAAUCUUGUAAAUACUGCACACAAAAAAAAUUUAAAAGUUAUUAUGGAUUUCGUUCCUAAUCACACAAGUAACAAACACAUUUGGUUUCAAGAAUCUGCUAAUAACACUAAUUACACAGACUAUUACAUAUGGAAGGAUGCGAAAAAUCAUUAUGAAGUAAUGAACAAUUCAUCGGUUCAACCUAUAGUACCGAAUAAUUGGACGAGAAUUGCAGGUAGUGAUAUAGAUACGUCGAUGUGGAUUUGGCACGAAACUCGGAAACAAUUUUAUUUGUGUCAGUUUUGUGGAAACUUACCUGAUUUAAACUUUCGUAAUGAAAAAGUUCACAUAGAAAUGAAAAAAAUUUUAAGAUAUUGGUUAGAUAAAGGAAUGGAUGGUAUUCGAAUAGAUGCAUUAAAGCAUAUAUACGAAAGCGAACAAUUACAAGAUGAACCUAUGAUAAAUCCGGCAGGACCAGUAAAACACUGGAAUUUUUAUCACUAUUAUACGGUCGAUCAAGACGAAGUAUACGAUUUGAUUAAAGAAUGGCAUCAACUACUUAAUGAGUAUAAACAAAAAGAUAAUUUUACGAGGAUUAUAAUGACCGAAUCAUACAGCCCAAACGAUAUUUUGUUUAAAUACUACUCCAGUGGAACUGAAAUACCUACAAAUUUUAAGUUAAUGCCGUAUAAUCAAUUAUUGAACUCUACAAUAACUGAUAUUGAGAUAAGAAAAUGGAUCACAGAAAUGCCAGAAAAUGCAACGUAUAAUGUAGUG